AUGUCAAAGAUAAAAGAACUUCGAAGAGUCCCCAAUAAGAUGAAAAUCGCUUUGCUUUUUAAAUUACCACUUCUCGACAAAUCUUUAGAAAAUGCGCUCAACAAUUCACUUUUACAACGUUUUCAUGCAAAAAUAAGAUCGAGAGAUUGUGGAACGUGUGUUGACAGAAAUGAAUUUCAGUUAAUACCACAAAACUAA